AAUGUGAACCAUCGCUCUACAAGAACAGCACCUGAUUCCCGGAGAAACUUCUUUUUCUAUGUCAUAUAAUAUUUCUGUGUUGUUGUGUUGCUAUAAUAACAGCUACCUACAUGUAUUACAAAUUUGUUUAGUUGUAAGUUUAAAGUAAUUUCACAGAUUUCCCCUAAUAUAAUUCAAGUAGCAUUAGCAUGUUAGCUGUUGCCUUCAAACACACAACGUUAGUUUCAAACCGCGCCUCUGCUCGAGCUGCUGAAUUACUCAGUUUACUCUCUGAAAUACAAACACCAGACUACUGUGUUUUUUCUGCAUAAAAAUAUUAAUUCUUUUCGCGUUUACCUGCUGGCAAACGAGUGCCAUUUGAUCAGAGGAUCGGCGUGUGUGUGUGUUGAUGUUUGUCAGACGCUAACUCUAGGUCCAGAAAUGGAUUUAUUUGACGAUCUUCCAGAACCUACAAACGAUCCAGUUCCAGUGAAAGUCCUGCAGCCGGAUGAGGAGCGAGGAGAGAAGAGGAAGAGAAGCAUCAGCUCAGAGCAGACAGAGGUGCAGGAUGACAAACAAGAGGAAAAGAAAGUUUGUAAAGAAGGCUUUGCGAAGCUCACAGGUUUUGUCUCAGCAAGGCGUGGAGAGAGAGAAGAGAUGCAGGAUGCACACGUCCUUCUGCCAGACCUUAACGUCACAUGUCUACCCUCUCAAGUGUCUCGACUGGCAUAUUUCGCAGUGUUUGAUGGUCACGGUGGAGCUCGAGCAUCGCAGUUUGCUGCUGAGAAUCUUCAUCACACGCUGCUCAGGAAGUUUCCUAAAGGUGAUGUGGAAAAUUUGGACAAGCUGGUGAGGAAGUGUCUGCUGGACACCUUUCGUCAGACGGAUGAGGAUUUCCUAAAGAAAGCCUCCAGCCAGAAGCCUGCAUGGAAGGACGGCUCUACAGCCACAUGUCUGUUAGCGGUUGAUGAUGUUCUGUAUGUGGCGAACCUGGGAGACAGUAGAGCAGUGUUGUGUCGUAUGGAGGAGGCUGAGGAUUCUGGGAAGAGGAAGUGUGUGACGCUGGCUCUCAGUAAAGAGCACAAUCCCACAAUAUAUGAAGAGCGCAUGAGGAUCCAGAGAGCAGGCGGGACCGUCAGGGACGGCCGUGUGCUGGGAGUGCUGGAGGUGUCUCGCUCUAUAGGUGACGGUCAGUAUAAACGCUGUGGUGUGAUUUCCACUCCAGACCUGCGGCGCUGUCAACUCAGUCCAAAUGACAAAUUUGUCCUCUUGGCGUGUGAUGGCCUUUUUAAAGUGUUUUCUGCAGACGAGGCUGUUCAGUUUGUCUUCAGCGUACUGGAGAACGAGACUGUGGAACUGAAGGAGGGGCAGAGCGAGGGGGCAGGGCCAUUUGAGGCUGCUUGUCAGCGAUUGGCCAGUGAGGCGGUGAGGCGGGGCAGUGCGGACAACGUCACUGUCAUUCUAGUCUCUAUUGAGUUCUGUUGAGUCACUGUAAAUGUAAAGACGCAAUACACACAGAUACAUACACACUUUCUGAAUCUUUUUUCUUACACACACACACACGCACAUACACACACACAGAGAUGAAUGCAUGAAUCCAGAGGCAGUAAAUGAUGCUGAGAUGAACAUGUGGUUUAUUAUAGAGCUGUCUGAAUCUCCGUCGUCUCCUUUUCAGAGCAGGACUUUUGAAAACACUGUGUCAGAGUUUAGUCUUUGUGCUGAACGGCAUCAAGUGCUAAAUAAUAAACUUUUAUACAAUC